GAGAAACUAAAGUCCACAACAAACAGAGAAGUCUUUGAUAGCAAGACCGAUCAGACCGGUGAAAAAACUAUGAGCGGGUCUCCAGUUUUAUUAAACAAACAUGAGGUCGAGCGUUUGCUCUCUUAUGAUGAUCUGAUUCCCAGACUGGAGUCUGUGAUGGCUAAGUUUUCUAAACGGGACAGUUCCGAAAUAAUCCAGCCUGUGAGAUCUGUGGUCCCUAUACAACAACACAGUGGGUUUUUGGGCGUUAUGCCUGCAUAUUUGGCCGCUGAAGGUAUUUUAUGCACUAAGAUGGUGACUUUCUACCAGCGUGCAGAGGGCUCUAGUUUACCAUCGACUCAAGCAACUGUGUUACUCUUUCAUCCCGAGCAUGGAAAUGUGACAGCGAUCAUGGAUGGGGAGGCCAUCACAGCCAAACGAACUGCAGCAGUAUCAGCCAUAUCAGCUAAACUGUUCAAGCCAGCUCUUUCAGAAGUGUUGUGCAUCCUUGGUUCAGGGCAGCAGGCUAGAAGCCACUAUGAUGUCUUUACAAAGCUCUUCAAGUUCAAAGAGGUCCGUGUGUGGAGCAGAAGGAAGGAAACGGCUCAGCGGUUUGUUAAUAAUCUCCAAGAUCCUGUAACAGUUUGUUCUUCAGUGCAGGAGGCUGUGAUAGGAGCUGAUGUAAUCGUGACUGCCACAGGUGCAAGUCAGCCCAUACUCUUUGCCGAGUGGGUCAAACCAGGUGCACACAUAGCAGCGGUUGGCGCUUGUCGGCCAGACUGGAGGGAACUGGAUGAUGUCUUGAUGAGAGAGGCUGUGGUGUAUGUGGACAGCAGAGAGGGGGCGACCGCAGAGUCAGGAGACAUCAUUCUGUCUGGAGCUGAAGUAUUCGCAGAGCUCGGAGAAGUUCUAAAUGGAUGCUUUCCUGCUCAGCGUGAGAAGACUACGGUAUUCAAGUCACUGGGAAUGGGGAUACAAGAUGCCGUCUCAGCCAAACUUGUGCUGGAGAAGUGGAACAGUGAACAUUGAAGACCCAAGCACAGCUUCCUCUGCUGAUUUCACAGUUGAUCAGUCAUUUCAUUUUGAACCGAGGCAAAAAUUGGAAGCACACAGUUGCCUAGAAUAUAAUUAUGCGUGUAAACAUUAUGGAAAUUACUCAAGUAGUCAAACCUGUUUAUUAGAAGGGGGUGUCCCAACACUUCCGUGCAUGAAGUGUACAUGGAAAACCAAGAACAAAGACAAAUGUUUGGUUUCUUUUUACAGACAUAAAGGUUAAUGCACUGUAGCUUUAGUGGAGACAAUAAAAGCAUGAAUAAAGCAUUUUAAAUGUUUUAAAA